AUGGACAACCACGAGCUUUUGCCUCAGGAUGACGUUUGGGAUGCUGCUGCGCUUCUUGGUAUGUUAUUCAUGUUUAUGGUGUGUUGAUGUUUUAGGUUGGAUCAUGGUGAAUAUGCUAGUUGUCAUUCGUGUUUCUGGGCUUAAAUUGAAGGGAAAAGAAUGGAGAAUGCUUUUAAAGUAGUUUUGAGGUUGUUGGAUGUUAGUUUAGUUGUGAAAAUUUGAAAAUUAAGAGAUUUUUUCGAAACUUAUAGGUGUUGCUUAAAAUUUUUAUCUUUUUAAGGUGAAUAUUUUGCGGAAUCUUAGAAAAUAUGGGUUGAAAAGAACGAUAAAAGAAUGCUUAAUUUUAUGCAGGCCAUGGCGAAGACGCUACCUUCUGUUUUACUAUCAAAAAUUUGAAUAGUUCCUCAUCUUUUACUAAAAUUUUCGAUUUUUUAGCUCCGUCUCGGACUCCAACCAAAUCUGGAGCCAACAUGUUGAAUGGACUGGACAAGACUCCACGUCAUGCCCAUGGUGAUGUCAAGUCAGCUCAGACGACCCCCACCACCCCGCCCACCGCGACCGGUCAUGAUGUUUCGUCCAAUGAGAGAGUAAGGCCAAGUGUAAUAUUAUUUUAUGCUUUAUGGAUAUUUUUAAAAAGAUUUUUGUGUAAGGUAGUGUAACUUUGAUCUAAAAAAAACAAAAUAAAUUUCAGCAAGGCUCCCCAUCUUCAAGCCCGAACGCCGAAGCCGUUUUGGCCGCUCUCCAACGCUGUUCCAUCGCCGCGGCCGAACGCCGUCGUCUUCGCUCGAUUACCUCCAACGAAGCCCACGACUAUCACGGCUAUCGCCAAAGAUCAGCCGCUGUUCCAACUGCCGUUCCUCAUCCGCCUCCGGCUCCUUCGGCCUACCAACUCCAUGCCGGCUUCAACCCAAGUGUUUACGGCUUCAACGUCGGCCUUCCGGCUUCGGUUAAUUUGCCGAAUACGCCGUUGGCGCGGCCAAGACAAACCGUUCGUACCACGCCCUCGACUGGUGGAAGCUCUCGCGACAAGGUGGUAUUCACUCGCAAGCCGACCGUCAAGUCAUCCCAACGGUCUCAAGGAAGUCCUGGUACGGCUAGCUCUAAGAGCAACCUUCAUAAGUAAGUGAAAGGGAUGGUGUAUAUCGACCGGUUGAAAAAAUGAUGAAAAAGUUGGUGAUAUUGGGUGAAUUUGAAAGUAGGGAAAGAUUGAUUUUUGUCCUAUUUUUGGGUUUUUAACGGAGAAAAAAAUCGACCGGCUGAUAAUUUUAGGAGCAAAAAAGUAAUUUUUUGGGCAAUUUUUAAGUUGGUAAUGAGGGUUGGAAGGAUUUUUCGGUUGAUUUUUAAAGAAUUUUUUGAAGAAAAAAAAUCGACCGGUUGAUAAUUUUUUGAACAAAAGAAUGCAUAUCGGAAGUUUGUUUUGACAAGAAAAUGUAAUUUUUGAGUUGAAAAUGAUUUUUAACGUGAAAAAAUUUAUUGACCGGUCGAAAAAUUGAAAAUUAAAAAAUGAUUACAAAGUUGAUUUUUUCAAAUUUUUUCGAAAACUGAUUGAAAGUAGAGUAAUCUUUGCAUAAAAAGUUAUUUUUAGCUACUGCCGCGAGUUGAGCGCCGAAAUGAACGGCCUGGACGAGCUGGUGCGCUGGGGCACGGUCGACUUCACCCCUACCCACGCCCGUCGCCUGCUGACCCAAGAGCUGCAGCGUGUCGAGACGUACGUGUCGCGCCAAGAGCCCUGUCGUCCGCUUCGUGAUCAGCUCGGUUCCGGAGGCUCGGUUCUGGGCACUAUUGGUCAACCCCCACUCCGCGUUCCACCCGCCGUUCUCAACCGUACUCAUCGUGCGGCUCCUCGCCCCGAGGCGUACAUUGUGGACGACUAUUCGGAUGACAAGAGUGUUACCGGUUCGGAUUCUGAUGAUUCGGAUAUCACUUCGGUUGAAGCGGAUACGGCUCUGGAGCCGAAUGAGGAAGAGCUGGAGGCUGUGGUGGGUUGAAGGGUUAAAAUGAGGUUUUUAGGCUUAAAAUGAAAGCUUUAGGCUUAAAAUGAGAUUUUAGGUAUAAAAAUUUGGGUUUAGGCUUAAAAUGAAAGCUUUAGGCUUAAAAAGGAGAUUAUUGACUUAAAAAUAAUUUUUAGGCCAACGAAGAGCCGGUCUACAGUGUCUCCACCAUGCCCGAGUACAAGCUCAAGGCCUACGGACAGUCGACUCCGGCCGGCGAUGUCCAAUCCUCGGCCAACUCUAGCCCCCAGUCCUCGCUUGGAUCCUCGACCCAGUCCAGCCACUCUAAGACCAGACUGGCCCCAAUCCUCGAGGCGUCCCAGGUCCCGGAGCUGAAGACCAAGUUCUUGAAUGAAAUGCCCGAGGACCUGCACUAUUUGAAGAAGAUUGGCAUCCCGAUUAGUCAGAGUCAGGUAUGGAGGAUAGGUUUUGAUGGAGGGUGGGGUGAAAGUUUUAGAGGGUUGUUUUUUGAAAUUUUGAGAGGAAACGGACAAGAACUUUGUUUACAAAACAAAAAUGGCAAGAAAUUUCUUUACAAAACCAAAAAUAGCAAGAACUUUGUUUACAAAAUGAAAAAUGGCAAGAAUUUUCUUUCAAGCUCAAAAUUUUUAACUUUUUUUUCAUUUUCAGUGCGCCAAGCUGUUCAUCCCGAAGGUGGAGGGCUACAACUUUAUCGGCCGCAUCAUUGGCCCGCGUGGAAUUUCGGUUCGCCGUCUGGAGAAUGAGACCUCGUGCAAGAUUUUGAUUCGUGGUCGUGGAUCUGUUAAGGUAUGGUACAGUGAUUUAUGAAGAAUUUAAAACAUUUAAAAAUUUUGAAAAAAAAAAAUUUAUCCGCCCCAAAAUUUUUUUUAAAUUUACUACACCCAAAAAUUUUUAUUAAAGUUUUGAGUUUUUUUUCAUUAUUUUCGUAAAAAAAUAUUUUUUAUCCUCUCCCCCCUCCCCAGCCCUCCGUACAAUUUUUUUUAAAUUUACCACGCCCAAAUUUUUUUCAAGUUUUGUCAAUUUUUUGAAAGUUUAAACUUUUUCCAUUACCGUUCUUACCCUAACACAAUACAACUUCAGGACGGUCGCAAGGAGUCCCAGCUCCGCAACAAGGAUGGCUGGCAACAUUUGACCGAGAAACUCCACGUCCUGGUCAUCUCCUCCGACCCUGACCCAAACCGUCGUCGUCAGCGUCUGGACGAAGCGGUCGAAAGUGUUCGCCGCCUUCUCACCCCGCAGUACGACGAGUACAAGCGCCAGCAACUCUUGCAACUCGCCAUCAUCAACGGCACCUAUCGCCCAUAA